GUAGCACAAUAGCCCACGGCUGGCUCGGCUGAGAGGGACAGGGAAGGCGGAAGGCGGAGGCAGAGGCUGGGCGGCACAGGCGGCGCCGUCACUCUCUGUUCUUGCGCUCAUCUCAGAGGCGGCGGCAGGCAAGGGGAGCGUCACGGUUCAGCAAUGGCAGCUCCGAAUACCUACGCUGUCCAUCUCUCCUCGGAGACCCACAAGAUCGAGGCCUGGUGCGAAUCGGACGAGGCUCUGGCUAAGCAACUGCAAGAGGAGGAGGAUUCGCUCGCUACAAGGGAAUUUGCCGGCAGCGUGUCCUUGGAACCAUCAUCACCAGCUGUUGAGUAUAGGCCUGCCAAUAAUGCAGCUCAGGUGGCGACAGAAGAUAAUGUCGACCCGGAUAAUAUGUCAUACGAGCAACUACAAGCAAUUGGUGAAGAAGUAGGAACUCAAUCCAGAGGAUUAUCUGAUGACCUGAUAAGCUACCUGGAGCCUUUUAGGAACAAAUGCAACUUCUUCUCCUGCAAAAAGAAUACCGAUGAAUGUGUGAUCUGCAAAUCGAACUAUAAAAGCCUACAGAAGUUGAUAAGAUUGCCCUGCAGCCAUUGUUACCAUGCAGGUUGCAUAACUCGCUGGCUUAAGAUUAACAAGGCAUGCCCUGUCUGCAAUGAGGAGGUAUUCGGUUAACUUGCGAUGUUUGUGGAGAUGUUGUGGCCUCGUCGCCGCAUCAUGAUAAUGGGCAAUCUUGGUCUCCUACAGCCUAUUAUGCUAUAAAAUACUCGAUGGUCUAGCGUGCUUUAAGAAAACUGUAUUUUGGAUCAUGGCAUGUUUGAUGAGCCCCAACUUAGUUUUGUCAUUAAAAUGAUGAUAAAUAUGUGUGGACAGUGGGUUAUAUGGUUGCCAAUUUUCCGAGAAUGCAACUGAGCAGGAGCAGUUAAGUAGAUGAUGUGGUUUGCCAUGUGUUGCACCCUCUUUACACCAGCCCACUGUGUAAAGUCUGAAGCAUGAUUGUAAAUGUUAUAUAGAUGUGUCUCUCUUA